AUGGAGCGACUCAUUGAGUACGGUAGUGUUGACGCAAUUCCCUAUUACAAUUGCAGUGUAAAGUCUCAAAAUGAGUGGUUGGCAACUGGUGUGAAGAGACCGUGGCUUGGAUAUCCAAUUACUGUUUUUGGAGUUUUUGUGGAGUUGCUGUAUCUCCCAAUUCUCUACAUAAUAUUCAAAUCCAAUUUGAUAAAAAUGAGUUGCUAUAAGAUAAUGGUACUUUUGGCAUUUACUGAUAUGACUGCGACUGCAUGUAGUUGUCUUAUCACUGGGCCCCUUUUGAUUAUUGGAUCUGUUUUCUGUGUCUACCCGACUUUCACUUAUAUUGCAGGAGGAUUUGCAAUUGCAACAUGGUGCAUGUCGUGUUCCGUCACUACUUCCCUCUUCCUCAACAGAGUAAUUUCAGUGGCUUUUCAUGGUCUUAAAGACACUUUUGAACGUAAACUCGCCUACAUUUGUAUCGUUCUCUGCGUCUUCUAUGGAAAUUUUGUUCUUUUCCUGACCCCUGUGGUCUGUUUCAACUCUGAAUGGCUCAUCUGGCUUCCUGAUCCAUUAUCUGAACUUAAGCCUUCUCCGGAAGCGGCGAAUUAUUAUAGAAAUAGUGUUCAAGCCUGGAAUAAUUGGAUCUUUGUGACUUGUAUGGUUGUUCUUUUCACUUUGUAUUGUGGAUUGAUCAAGAAAAUUUCAAUGGGACAGAAGUCAAAGGCAGCUAAAUCUAUCUUCAUCCAAUGCUGUAUAAUUUGUUUCUUCAACACUGUAAUUGCUCUUGUCUACAAUGCCUUAAACAUCAUUACUCCCUCCUAUUGGAUGCUUCUUCUCUGUCAAUUCUGUUGGUCUGUCAAUCAUGGAUCACCUGCCCUCAUCUACAUUACCAUGAAUGCAACGGUCAAGCGGGAAUUCAAAAAAAUGUUGCUCGGUGGUCAAAAACGAAUUGGAUCAAUCAAUACUACUCUUCAAGUUUCUAUUACUCAUAUGUCCACACAUUAG